AUGCAUCUUCCGUUCACUCCAAACCAUAUACUUCUAAUAGACGCCUGUUACCCGCCGCCCGCCGCCCUCUCCACAUCACCAAACUCUCAGGAGCUUUCGCGCCUGACGUACUAUGCCGCCAAUAAGUCUGGGAAGCUCACCAAGCUGGGCGCGGAGAUGGAGAAGCGGAUAAAGGCGGAGAGCAAGAGAGCACAGGCUAAUAACGCGCGCUCGAGAGCUUCCCUGCUCGUUUCCCUCCAGAUACUGCGCGCACUGGCUACGGAAUGCCGAAGAGAUCUUUCGCUCUUAACACCCUCCCUCUUGGCCUCCGUGGAUGCGACGCUGCAAGCCCUGCCGGCUGACCUGGAGAUCUGCGCAAAGGCAGCCACCCUCUUUACAACAUGGACCACCUACACAGAUGGCCGCCUCAUUGGAGUCGAUCAGGCAGCGACGAAGGCGUACAUGUCGACUCUCGAGAAGUUCUCAAAGAUGAGCACUCAGGAGGGCAAGUCGGCCGAUCACGAAUUCCGCAACAGAACGCGUUUGGUCGGUCUCGCUGUCGUAUCAGGCGUCGUCAACUCCGAGGCGUUGUAUACGUCCAAUACCCUCCGGCAACAAGUCCCAGUCUUCGUACCGGCACUACUGACGAACAUCCUUGAGUCUAAGCUGGAUACACUACACACUCAGGCAAAAGCCAGAGAUAGUGGCACUGCAUCCCCUUACCUCGAGGAGUUCCGCGCCCGACCACCGAAUGAGAGACGAGCUGCAUCCAUCCACGUUCAUAAAGACGGGGAGCGCGGACCAUCCUCAACAGAUCUGGUCGAUGCCUCCAUGGGUGCUCUACAGGCCCUGUUCGCGCAGUCCACGGGCUCGCACAUCACGCACGUCAUACAAGCCGUAUUGAACGGUAUCGACGAGCGGCAGGCUUGGAUCAAGGAGAAGCAUUGCUGUUGGCUGGCUACGAAGGCGACUGAGUGGUCGCAAUACCAAUACCGCUACGCUAUCCCGACGAAGCUCAUCGAACGUCUUGUGGAAGAUCAAGACACUUCAAAUGUCGCCAACAUCCACACCUCCCUCGCCGCCAUGAUCACCGCGGUCUUCACUUCGUCCCUUCACCUCAUCAACUUAUCUACAUCGGACUGCAUCUCCAACCUGUUAGCGCUCGUGCUGCGGCGAGUGGCCGUGAGUUCCGACGACAAGUUACUUCCAGCUCUAGCCAGCUGCAUCGCGUCGCUCGGCUCGCAUAUCUACUAUUCGGACCAAAUCCAGGACCUGGCUUCCGAGGUCAUCAGUCGGCUCUUGACGGUGGACUCGAAUGGUGUACCUGGUCGAGAAGAUGGUUCCGACGACGAUGGCCGCCAUCCAGCAAUACGAUACCUCCUUUCCAGUCUUGUCGGGCUCAUCUUGGCGCCCGGUCGGCAGGAGAUCGCUCUGGAGACCGCGAGCGCGGCCGCAAGCAGCCCCAGAUCGCUGCGGUUAGCGGAUGGGUUGCCACACGAAGGGCCAGCGCGAGUGUCCAAGCGCGCGAAGGUAUCACCGGAGACGUGGCAGGAUACCUUGCACCUCCUGUGUAGCGAGGACUAUAGCGUGCGAUCCGAUUAUGCAUAUGCACUUGCAUUCUUCGUAGAGUCUGAGAUGACCAAACGGGGCGAAUUCACUGACGCGGAGGGAAACAAGCGCUUACGACCGCUCGCCGAUGGGCCACUAAAGCAGAUGCAGGACGUCAUGUGGAUCCUGGGACGCGAUGAGAACUCCCGCUUCCUCCAGGCCAUGCACGUCUACCUUUUCAUCCUGGCGACUGCUACCUCCUUUCACGUGUCCUUCACCCCCGACGCCCCAAAGGCACUCUCCGAAGAGCCUACCUCUCUGCCCUCCGAGAUCAAUGUCAUCCCCGCGACACCCACUGAGCCGACUCCGCAAGCGAGCGAGCGCGAUCCCUCCACACAUGGUCGGCCGUCACUGUCCGUAUCCAUGAACAUGCGUACGAAGAGGGCAUCAACUGCGAAGAGAAUGCUGCAGCACCUGCCGUCAAAGUGGUCGGUCAAGCACAGGCCUAUCGCUACAGCAUCAGAUUACCGCAACAUGCUCGAUCUUCUCACGACGGAAUACGAGCAUAUACCGGUCAAGGGUCUACUUGCUGGUGUGCCAUUCCUUGUCGCCCUCGACACCUUCAUUCAGGGUGUCAGUGAGCCGGAGUUUCAGGGACAUGUUGCUUGUGUGCGGGAGGUCAUUACGAGGACGUGGUGGGUGAUCGGAAGGGUAUGGGAGUGCCAGGAGCUGGUCAACUUGGCAGAGCGCGCUCUUUCGACAAUUCCGGGAACCACUCUUCUACCCCCCACGAGCGUCAAGAAGUCAGAGACGGGUCAUCUGCUUACCAAGGACAAGCCUGUGACCAUCCCAACAGAAGGUGGCGGCUGGUUUGGUGUAGAUCCGUCAGCAGCUAUCGAUGCGCUUGUGGCGAAUGACCUACUCGACAAGCUGGGUUUCAAGCGUGAAGUGGUAGAAGAACGUUUGAGGGUUCAAUGGACACCCGAAGCAGCGUGGGCAGAUUCCACCGAAACCCAAUCAGGGCUCGACCCGCUACGCGGCGACGGCGCGUCCAGCAGGUUGAGACUCGCACCAGGGCUCAUGCACAUUGAGAACCUCUCACUGCAGAGCCUCGCACGUUCUGGGCAGGCUGUUGGCGUGAACGACCUGCGCGACGCGCUUCAAGGCCGGGCAAGUAUGUCAAACCCGACGCUUGCAGGCCCGCGCGCCCCGUCGGUCUCUACGCUCGACCAUGCCUCUUCAGCACAUCAUGGGGAUGCCAUGUAUAAGCUCUCGCCAUCUCGCUCGCGUCCGGAUAAACCGAGGAUACGCGGUGAUCCAACCGAGGUGCGCGACAUGCUGAAUAAGCUACGCAUUGGAAAGGCCGGCGCCGCGAACGGGAGUGGGCUUCUCAAGUCCUCGUUCCCAUUGGCACAGAAGUCCCCUAUCAAGCCUCCCGCAUUUGUUCCGCCGUACAAGUCAUAA